CUGGCGCCCAUUUCAACGUUUUAAGCGCCUCCCCCGGACUGGUCCUCCUUAUCCUUGACAUACACACUAUCUCAAGGAGAUGUGGUUCUGUGUGGUUACGGUUGGACUGUAUCAAACUCUCAGAACAACAGGUGUAAGACUGUGUAAGCUCAGGCUGAGUCUUAAAACCACCGGGUAAUAUGCCGUUGUACGGGAAUCGGCAAAUAAUAAGCGACUCCUGAAGAUGGUCAUUUCUUUCUCCACGCUCUCCACCCAUGGGCCAUGGAUCCCGCUUCACCCGAUAUAGAGGAACAACCUAAGACAAAUCGUCCGUUAAUCGAAACUGGACGUGAGCUAAGCUCGCGAUCGGCAAACAAUGCAUCUUCUCGUUUGUGCUCGAGAGCAGGACGUAUCAAAACAAAAUUGACUACUCGUGAAGGAUGGCUUGGGAACUAUGACUAUCGUUGGCUGUUUAUUCCUUCUUUGCCAUGUCGCAGCAGGGAACGGACUUUACCUCCGUUCUAUGGGCUAGACGAAGAGUUACCGUUGGCUCUAGCUAUCUGCAACGGACUGCAACAUGCCCUUGCUAUGCUUGCGGGUCUAAUAACCCCUCCCAUUAUUUUCGCGUCUGCUUUGAAUUUGGAUUCGGAAACCUCUGUGUACUUGAUUUCAGCUUCCCUUAUCGGUUGUGGAAUCCUCAGCCUCGUUCAGAUGUGGAGAAUCAGACUAUUUCGAGGAUACUAUCUCGGGACUGGGCUAGUAACAGUUGUUGGAACUAGCUUCGCGACUUUGAGUACAGCCAACGUGAUAUUUGACACGAUGUACGCCGAUGGCAUAUGCCCCACAUUUACCGCCGCAGACGGGACCGCAACAAGAGGCCCAUGUCCUGAUGCGUAUGGGAUGGUUUUAGGCACAUCGCUCAUAUGCUCCUUCCUCGAGAUCUUCAUGUCAUUCGUACCGUCUCGUAUUCUGAAACGGGUGUUCCCUCCAUUGGUGACCGGUACUGUGAUUCUUAUGAUUGGCGCCUCUCUCAUCGGUUCAUCCGGCAUUCAGAACUGGGGAGGUGGUUCGAACGACUGCUCUUCUCGCCCGAGUAGCGGGUUCUUUCAGCUGUGUCCCAAUAUUCAAGCCCCACGCCCGCUUCCAUGGGGUUCGCCCGAGUUCGUUGGACUGGGAUUUCUUUCGUUCUUCAGCAUUCUUCUCACCGAAAUAUUCGGGUCUCCUUUCUUCAAGAAUAUAAGUAUCAUUGUUGGCCUGGCAGUGGGAUGUAUUGUCGCGGGAGCAGCUGGAUACAUCGAUGGAAGUUCUAUACAAUCUGCUCCGGCUAUAACGUUCCUAUGGGUGCAUAGCUUCAAAAUCCGAGUCCAUCCUCCUGCCAUCUUGCCAAUGUUGGCCGUGUAUUCUUCCCUAGCUAUGGAGGCUAUAGGUGAUAUUACUGCUUCUGCAGAGGUCUCACGACAGGCUGUUGAUGGGCUUGAAUUCGACUCUAGAAUACAAGGAGGCAUAUUGAGUGAUGGACUGGGUGGUUUUUUCUCUGCUCUGUUCACCGUGACUCCAUUGUCAGUCUUUGCUCAGAAUAAUGGUGUUAUCGCCAUUACUCGGUGCGCCAACAGGGGCGCAGGACGAUGGUGCUGCUGCUUCUUGAUUCUUUUUGGCGUAUUAGGGAAGAUUUCAGGUGUUUUUUUAUCAAUUCCUAAUCCUGUCUUGGGUGGGGUCACCACGUUCUUGUUCGGAAGUGUGACCGUUUCGGGUAUCCGUGUAUUGUCCUAUAACAAGUUUGACCGUCGAGAUCGCUUUGUCCUCGCUACUGCUCUAGCCUUCGGGUUGGCCGAUCUUUUAGUGCCAGAGAUAUUCACUCACCUUUUUGAUGGCGUCGAUAAUCCGAGUAAAGGAGUCAAGGGAUUGUUGGAUUCAAUCACGAUCGUUCUCAGCACGCCGUUCCUCAUCUCAGGACUUGUGGGGGCAUUACUCAAUCUCAUUCUACCCAAAAUGACAGAGGUUGCAAUGAUGAAGGAGGAUGCAGAACUUCAGUCAAGCAAUUUCCAUACAAGGCGUAGCGUUGAAGGGACAGGUACUAGUUAGUGCAGGUGCAAUCAAAGUACUUUGAGUCUUCGGG